AUGCUCAAACUUCGAGCUCUAGCAGAGGCCAAGGCGAAAGCUAAGGAAGGGCAGGGACAAGAAACUACACCACAAGUCAUCAAGCCAUCAUUGAUAAGACUUAAGAAGGAUUUAGAGAACAUCGAUCUCUCAGAACAGAUAUGUGAAUAUACUACAUAUUUAGAUGAGAAUCCAAUGAGGGUCAAUCUGGCAAUUAAGCCAGAUAUCGGCUACUAUGCUGGUGGGACAUAUUACUUCAAUGUAUUCAUUAAGGAUACUUACCCGAUGGAACCACCAGUGGUGAAAUGCAUGCAUAGGAUAUACCAUCCUAAUAUCGAUAUAGAUGGGAACGUGUGUUUGAAUCUCCUUAGAGAGGACUGGACACCAGCAUUAGAUAUUCAAAGUAUCAUCAUCGGGAUACUUUUCCUAUUCCAUGAACCAAAUGGUAGGGAUCCCUUGAAUAAAGAUGCAGCAAAGACGUUAAUUGAAGAUCCAUUACGGUUCGAAAAUAAGGUGAACCACAGCUUAAGAGGGAACAAUAUAGAUGGAGUUUGGUAUGAUAAAAUAAUUUAUUAA